AUGUCGCGGCCGCUGUACAGGGGCGUGUCGGGGAUCGGCGGCAAGCUGGCGGCGGCGGACGAGGCGUACUACGACCCCAAGGAGCCUAGCGAGAACGGCAUUGGCGGCGGCGGCGGCGGCUUCGGCCGGGGCGGCGCGCGGAAGCGGCACCUCGCGGCCGCGGCGGUGAAGAUCGGGGUCCUGCUGCUGGCGGCGGCGGCGCUCGUGGGCUCGGUCGCGUGGGCGGGGACGCUCUACGCGGGGCGCGGCGCGGCGGCGCGCGCGGCCGCCGCCGCCGCGCACCGCGGGUACCGCCGGCUGCAGGAGCAGCUGGUCACGGACCUGCUCGACAUCGGCGAGCUCGCGGGCGGCGGCGUCCGCGCCAAGGAGGCGGAGGUGUGCCCGCCCGAGUACGAGAACUACGUGCCCUGCUACUACAACGUCACGGACGCCGUCGACGUCUCGGAUCUGGGGGCCGGCGUCGUCAUAAGCUACGACCGCCAGUGCACGCGCGACGGCAGGGUCACCUGCCUCGUCGCGCCACCAAGGAGCUACCGGAUUCCAGUGCGAUGGCCCAGCGGCAAGGGCUUCAUCUGGAAGGACAACGUGCGGAUUAGCGGGCAGGAGUUCUCGUCCGGGAGCCUGUUCAAGAGGAUGAUGGUGGAGGAGGACCAGAUCUCGUUCCCGUCGGACGCCCACAUGGCCGACGGUGUGGAGGAUUAUGCCCAUCAAAUUGCGGAGAUGAUUGGGUUGCGGAAUGAAUUCAAUUUCAAUGAGGCUGGGGUUAGGACAGUCCUUGAUAUAGAAUGUGGAUUUGGUACAUUUGGGGCACAUCUUUUUGAGAGAGAUCUCUUGACCAUGUGCAUUGCUAACUAUGAAGCAUCAGGCAGCCAAGUGCAAAUUACACUGGAGAGAGGCAUUCCUGCAAUGAUUGGUUCAUUUGCAACGAAGCAGCUUCCAUAUCCCUAUCUUUCCUUUGAUAUGGUGCAUUGUGCGAAAUGCAAUAUCGAAUGGUACAAAAACGAUGGCAUUUUCUUGGUUGAAGUGAACAGGCUUUUGAGGCCUGAUGGAUAUUUUGUAUGGACAUCAAAUUUGAAUACACAUAGGGCCUUGCGUGACAAAGAAAACCAAAAGAAAUGGACAGCCAUUCGUGACUUCGCUGAGGGCCUUUGUUGGGAGAUGCUGUCACAACAAGAUGAGACAAUUGUAUGGAAAAAGACAAAUAAAAGGGAGUGUUACAAUUCAAGAAAAUCUGGGCCUGAGCUAUGUGGCCAUGAUCCAGAAUCACCAUACUACCAACCACUAAGCCCCUGCAUAUCAGGCACAAGAAGCCAGCGUUGGAUCCCCAUUGAACAUCGUUCCACCUGGCCAUCUCAGUCUAGACAAAACUCAACAGAACUGGACAUACAUGGUGUGCAUUCAGAAGUCUUUGCUGAUGAUACUUCAAGCUGGGACUCCAUGGUGCGAAACUACUGGUCUUUGCUAUCUCCACUUAUAUUUUCAGACCAUCCAAAGAGACCUGGUGAUGAAGACCCCCAGCCACCAUUUAACAUGCUAAGGAAUGUUUUAGAUAUGAAUGCUCACUUUGGUGGAUUUAAUGCUGCUUUACUGAAGGCUGGAAAGUCUGUAUGGGUGAUGAAUGUUGUUCCUACAAAUGCCCCAAACUAUCUACCACUAAUAUUUGACCGUGGUUUUAUUGGGGUUCAACAUGAUUGGUGUGAUGCAUUUCCAACUUACCCAAGAACAUAUGAUAUGGUGCACGCUGAUGGCUUUCUAUCACUUGAGAAGAACCACAAGCAUAGAUGUUCUUCUCUUGACAUAUUCUUGGAAGUUGAUCGCAUCCUACGACCAGAGGGCUGGGUCAUAAUCCGUGACACCGCCCCUCUUAUUGAAGCGGCAAGAUCUGUUGUUACUCAACUCAGAUGGGAUGCCCGUAUUUUAGAUCUUGACAUAGCUAGUGAUGAAAAGCUACUUGUCUGUCAGAAGCCCUUUAUCAGAAAAUAA